CAAAAAAAAAAAGAAACAGAAGCCGUUACGAUGUCAGACGAAAACGAAAGUUGGAUUCGUCGGAAGCAUCCUCCGCUCAAACCAGACCCAGUUCCCGGUUCUUCCCCCGCCCCGAAUAGUUCCCCCAUGUUCGCCCCUGGCUCCCUUCCGCCACGUCUCACAGCGCCGCCGCGUACCGAGUCUUGGUAUGACAUCGGUGGCUCCUUCGCCCGGCGGUGGGCCGCGCAAGUCGACGCGGAUCAGGCCGCAGCCCAACAGCCUGCCGCCUCCAACCCAAGCGUCUCCUCGUCCACCUGCGCCUUGCCCGCCUCCUCGUCCGCCGCCCCCGAGGGUUUGGCUGUCACCACCGCCGCCGCUCUGACCACGCCGCCGCAGAGACCGCCGCCGCCGACGAACAGCCCGCCGCCUCCGAUGACGGUUCUGAAAAACCCGUCAGCGACGACUACACGCGCGUCGCCUCCGGGCCAGAUGUCGUCCCCGACCCCGGCGUCUCCUUGUCCACCUCGCCCGGCUCCACCGCCGCCUGCCCGCCUCCUCGUGCGCCGCCUCCGAGGGUUCGGCUCUGACCACCACCGCCGCUCUGACCACGGAAGAAAACAAUGAUGAUGAUGUGGAGGUCAUACCAUUCCUGGAGUCGGUGGUUGAGAGCAACUAGUUUGUUUGUUAUGCUUCUUCGAUUCUUUUGCUGCUAUAUGCCUAUAUGAUCGUGUUGGACUUGAGCGUUGUUUUGUGUUUUGAACGUACGGCCUUUUGUGAUGUAAUGAUUAUUUGAGUGAUGGUCUGAUGGAGACAUGGACAGUUCUUUUGCUUUGUGGAUUGGCCGGAGAGCCUGGAGUGGUGGCUCCUGUUAA